AUGGAUGACAUUCUUGAUGCAGCUUUAAAAGAAUCGAAGCAGAAGGCAGUUGAUGAAGAGAAAAGUAUAAUUCUCGAUGAAAUGAGGGAACGAGGCAAACCCAUCGAAAUGUUUGCUGCCUUAGACGGUUCAUGGGGAAACCUCUGGACGGUCGAUCCAUUUGGACUCGUCGGUCCAGUCGUCGUAACGGUCAAAGCGUUCAUACAAACACUCUGGACGCUUCGGGAGGAGAGCGGAACGAUUUGGGAAUGGAAUCGAGAGCUUCCAUCUAGCCUACGGGAUCAAUGGAUCAACUACCACUCCAAUCUACCUGCGUUGAACGAAUUGAAUAUACAUCGUUACGUUCUCUUCCCAAACUCGGUCGAGAUCGAGCUCCAUCUGUUCCCGGAUGCUUCGGACAUCGGAUACCGUACCUGCGCCUACUUGAGGUCCGUCAGCGGACAAAUCAAAAUCGCACUUCUAACGUCAAAGUCCAGAAUCGCUCCUCUGAAGAAACAGAGCACACCUAGGCUCGAACUGUGUGGUGCCCUACUCUCUGCUGAGGUGUACCAGCGAAUCACCGCUUCUCUUCAGAUCACGUUCUCUACUGUCUUCUGGACUGAUUCCACGACAGUCAUCAAUUGGCUCAAAGCAACUCCGUCUACUUGGACAACGUUUGUCGCUAACAGGGUGUCUAAGAUUCAGUACGCGACGCAACACUGUUCUUGGAACAAUAUAGCCGGACUGGAGAACCCAGCUGACGUCAUUUCUCGUGGUUGCAUGGCUUCAGAUCUCAUCUACAACAAACUCUGGUGGAAGGGUCCAGAAUGUCCAGAAUGGCUGCAGCAGGAAAGUGAGCACUACCCUGUUAACGGACAACAUUGCGGACCUACCGAUCAAAGCAAUGCGGAACAGCGGAAGACUGCUCCAAUCUCCACUACUGCCACUACCACAUUCUCAAUCAUCCGGAUCGGCGGUCGUUUGGGACAAUCGACACGACAUGAAGACUUCAAGCACCCAAUCCUGCUGCCAGGCUCUCAUUAUCUGUCAACACUACUACUAUUGUCAUAUCACCAGAAACUUCUGCAUGCUGCCGCGCAGCUGAUGAUCAACACAAUUCUUAUUCGUUACUGGCUCUUGGGCGGAAGAGCUGUGGCUAGGCAGAUCGUACACAAAUGCGUCAUCUGCGUAAGCGCUCGACCGAAGCUCAUCGAGCAGUUUAUGUCCAAGCUCCCGACUGCUCGUGUAACUGCGGCUCGACCUUUCUCAAAAGUUGGCAUAGACUUUUGGGGACCAAUCCACGUUCAACCACGGCAUAGACGCGAUGCUCCCAUCAAAACAUACGUUGCCGUUUUCGUCCGUUUUACGACGAAGGUGGUACACCUCGAGAACGUCGCGAACCUGACAUCCGACGAUUGGUGGCCCGCCGUGAUAUAUACUCUGACGCGUACAUAG